GGAGACGGUAGAUGGACACAAGUAAGUGGAGAGAUUUGCAUCUCCUCACAUCGUCAAUUAUUAAUCAACGUGUAAUCAUUGUUUGAUCUAAUCAUUACUCUUCAUCUCCUCCCUCUUUCUUUAAUCCACCUCUUCCUCAACCAUCUCUCAUCAUCUACGGUAACCUUACCUAUCCUCUUCGUAAGCACGCACGCACCACCACCCAACCCAAAUCAAGCCAGUCACUUGCCCGCCACUCCUACUCCCACCUCGGCUCCAUCAUUAUUCCACGUACGGACUCAACCUCGUAUCCCCACCCCCAUUACACAGUAAUUUACCACCCACUCACUCACCCACCAUGUACGAAUCAACCAUAAACUUCACACUCGACACUAUCUGCCCCUGGACGUAUCUGGCUAAGAAGAGACUCGACGAAGCUCUCCGACGCGUGAGAGAAACAGAUGCGUCCUCAAAAGUAAAAUUCACAGUCGUGUACCACCCGUACCAACUGUAUCCCGGAGCUAGUGUUGAAGGAGAGGAUAAGUAUGAGUGGUACAAGAAGUCCAAAUAUGGCGACUCUGAGGAAAAAAUGAAAAUGUACACCACCCUCAUGACCGCCUACGGCGCCUCCGCCGGCAUCUCCUACAAAUUCCACGGCACCGUAGCCAACACGCUCCAAUCGCACCGGCUAAUCCAGCACAUGCAAGAAACCCACGGCCCCACCGUAACAGACUCCCUCAUCAACGCCCUCUACAAGAUGUACUUCGAAGAAGAGAAGCACCCCAGCAGUAAAGAGACGUUGCUCGCGGCGUGUAAAGAGGCGGGUAUUGAUGAGGGGGAGGCGAAGAAGGUCGUGGAGGAUGAGGAUGAGGGCUUGCUGGAGGUGAAGAGCAAGAUUAGGGAGCAGGCGGGGAAUGGCGUUGAUAGUGUGCCGUUUGUGGUUGUGGAGGGGAGGAGGAGGGAUAUUACGGUGCAGGGGGCGCAGGAGGUGGGGGAUUAUGUGAAGGCGUUGGAGCAGGUUGUUAAGGAGAGUACGUGAAGAUAAAUAUAAAUGGAAAGAAAAAUUGGUGUGGAAUGGAAGGGUAGAGAGUUGGGAGGAAGCUUUAUUUUGGGGGAGGGGUUGGGCUAGGGAGGAGGAUGGCAGGGAAAAGAGUCAUUCAAAAUAUUGCACGAGAUUUGGCAUGACGGGAUUGCUUGUUUGAUUGAAUAAUUAAAACUUGAGUAUUCUCAGUGUGAUUUAUUUUCAGUAGGAUCUGUUUCCUGAUUCCCAAAAACGUGCG